AUGAAAAAGAUUAAUGAUAAUAAGAGUUCUGGCGGAAGAGUUGAAUUAGAAGUGAAUGAUGUUAAUGAGAAAUUAGCCGAAAAAGCAGACAAAAAUGAGCUUUUAGCUCUGAGUGAUAAAGUCAAGAACCACGUUCAUUAUAUAACUUCAGACGAACAGAUUAUAACGGACUACCAUGGAUAUUUAACACGAAGUGAUGAAGCGAAGACAAAAAAUGUUAAUGAAAGAAGAUAUAAAUACAUUCGUGCUAAAGGUUAUGACAUAAGUUGUACUGUACAGUAUGAUGUAGCUAAAGCACCAGAAGCAUUUGGUUAUACCGGUGAAAUUUAUGCCUCUACUUUCAAUGUUAACGGUGUAUUAGUUGAACCAAGAUUUACUUUGAGAGUUAAGGCAAAAAUAACUUUUGAAGAUGCUAUUAAAAGUAAAGCCGACAAAGAUGAACUUGACGCAACGAACAAAGUUUUGAAAUCUCAUAAACACAAUAUCCCCGAUAUAAAUGAACUUCAAGCUACAUUAAAUAGUAAAGCUGACAAGAACCAUACACAUAAAUCCUUCACUACUGUUAGAGCAGACGACAUAAUAUUGAACUAUACCCUUGGUUCAAGUGCACCUUUAGAGAAUCCAAGUACAAGCGUAAAAGAUACACUAAACUCCUUAAAUAACAAAUGUAUGAAUAUCGAAGGUCAUGUCAGAAACUUUGAAACAUAUGAACUACCAGCAAUGUUAGAUAAGAAAGCUGACAAGAACCAUACACAUAAAUCCUUCACUACUGUUAGAGCAGACGACAUAAUAUUGAGCUAUACCCUUGGUUCAAGUGCACCUUUAGAGAAUCCGAGUACAAGCGUAAAAGAUACUCUUAA